GAUGGAAAAAACAACAACAACGAGUGCUUUAAAAAGAUGCACAAUGUCUCGUCCAUCAGUAACAUCUGGUCAUCAGACCGGUGCUACUGUGACAGUCUCCGCUUUGCCGACGCACACUUUCUCCAUCUCCGGUGAGGACAGAAAUCAAAGUUCUUAAUUCUUUCUUGUAGCUUCAGCCAAAAACACGAACAUGCCCAGCAAAAGGAAGAAGAACAAGCGCCGCAUGAGGAGGGUGCAGGCCCAGAGGAAAGUCCUUGAGGAGCAGCAUGUUGCUGGCACUGGCAAAGGGACCCCAGGAGUGGCUGCUGUGGCGGCCCCCCCUGUUAAAGUCAAAGAAGUGGCAAAGUGUCCAAAGCUUGUCCCCAUACAGACUCGAGUAGUAAACGUCCCCGUUGUAGCGCUGCUGGCCCCAGUCGAGGUACCGGAGCCUAAACCUAUGGUGGCGGCGUUAGAGGCUGAAGUGGUGGCAGCAGAGGUUGAAUUUGAGGUGCCAGUCGAAGCUCCAGUAGAGGCUGAAGAAGCCACAUUGGAGGUCGAAGCACCAAUUGAAACCCCAGAUGUGGUCGACGGCCCAGUUGAAGCCCCAGAAGAAGUCCCAGUUGUAGAAGUCCCAGUAGAAACUGCAGUGGGGCCACCUACAGAAGAAACUGCAGUGGGGCCACCUACAGAAGAAACUGCAGCGGGGCCACCUACAGAAGAAACUGCAGUGGGGCCACCUACAGAAGAAACUGCAGUGGGGCCACCUACAGAAGAAACUGCAGCAGUGCAGGAGGUUGAAGAAAGCUUCAUUCCAAAGACGGAGCUAGUAAUGGAGGCCGCAUCCCUCCCUGAGGCUCCCGUGUCAGUUCCUGACCAAUUUGAGACACAUGAGUUGGUGAAGGCCGAAGUGGAGGCUGAAAUAGUUGCCACGGUCCAAGCGGAGGUCGAGGCAGUAGUCGAGCCAGAAUCCGGGCCCGUGGUCAAGGCCGUAGCUGCCCCAGUAGUAGAAACUGAAGAGGUGGUGAUCGACACAGAGGACAGUCCUGAGGUUGAAGCUGAGGUCAUUCCUAUGGUCAACGCAGAUGCCAUUCCUGAAGAAGUUGAAGUAGAGGAGGCCCCAGUCGUCACAGAGGAUGAGCCUGUCAUGACAGAGGCACCUGAUGAGGUUCCAGUUGAAACAGAAAUUAUCCCAGAAACGCUGUCGGAGCCCGUGGUAGCCCCAGUUCAUGAAGCCCCCGUAGCCAACGUGGCUCCCUCAGAGCCCCUUGUAGAGGCCCCAGUAGACCCUGUAAUCCAUACAGUGGCCGACAACUUUAUCAUCACAGAAUCUGUCCCCACUCUGGAGGCAGCCAUGGCUGAGGAGCAGGUGCCCGCAGUCCCAACAGAUUCACUUGAGGCCCUAUCGGAGUCGCUGAACAACGUCCCCCCAGUAUCUGAGCCCGCCCCUGUUACAGCUGAUAAAGUCAUCGCCGCUAAAGAGGGAAUUGAAGCCCAGAUGGAAAUCGAAUCCAAAAAGGACGCCAUGGAUGAGAAUACUGCCCUGGAUGUCCUCUCUGGACAUUUCUCAGCCCCCCAGCCUGUCAUCUCAGAACUGCAGUGUCACACGCAGCUCGCCUCUGCGCCCGUAGAGCUCGCCUCCGUGGAUAUCCCAGCAGAGGCAGCAUUGAAUGGACAUACUGCAACUGAGGUGGCCAUUGAGGGAUAGACCUCUGCAGAUUUCCUCAGUCAGUAUGGAGGACUGAAGAGAGCCUCACGGGGAGCCGACCAGCAAAUGUUACUUUUCAAUAUUUAGGGCUUCAAGGGACCGCCAGGAAUUCAUUAACAUCCAACACUCAGUGCCUUUCCUGCUUAGGUUCUCACCAAAAGAAAAUCAAACAAACACAUUUUAAUGCGGCAUCAAGGUGGGGGAAUAAGAGUCUUUGGAUCAGAAUGUGAAUAUUUGGAAUGAACAAAUUAUGGCUUCUUUCAUAGAUUUUCUGUAUCGUAAUGCAUGUAUUGUGGAUUUGCAUCGAUUGUAAAUGGCAUACAUUGUGUAUGGAUACUGUAAAGUUAAUGAAUGUGGAAAUUACUUGUCUUCGCAUUUGGACCAUGUUUGUAUGGAUGGGAGGGGUAUUUCCUUGUACGUGUUUUCUACAUGCUGACAACACCGGGCACGAGCGUGUGUCUGCGUGCUCCAUCACAUGCAUGCUGAUUUUGUCCAUCCACACCAGACGCGAUCAGGACAUGUACGAUGAAAUAUCAAAACAAACUCUGAACCAACUAUAUUAAUUUGGGGACAGGUUGAAACACAUGAAACAUUCAUGGACAUUUAGCUAGAUAGCUCGCUGUUGCAAACUAAUUUGUCCUGGGAUAUAAAUAUUGGGUUGUUACUUUACCUGAAAUGCACAAGGUCCUUUUUUCCCCUGCAUCUUUUGUAGAAUUUUGACACAUUUUGAGUCACACAAAAUCGUGUGUCCUCUACUCCGACAAUUAAUCCACAGGUAAAAGUGGAAACCUAGUUAGUUUCUAGUAAUCUCUCCUUCUUCAGUCUUCUUCUGUGGACUUUAUAUGGCGGUUGGUAACCAACUUUAAGGUGCAUUACCACUAUCAACUGGACUAGAGUGUCGAUCUCAGUUCUGCUUUCAAUCACCCGUGUGGGUCUAUACUCCUAAAAACCAAUGAGGAGUUGGGAGAUGCAGGACUCACAGCGUGUCACGUGCCAAAAAUAAAACCAAGUUCUAUUUUAGCGCCUGGCUACGCAGACGCUUGCGAGCAGUUUGGAUGAUUGAAUAGCAUACCCAUCCUCUUCACUGUGUACUGACAAUGUGUCUACAGUCCUGUUGGAGAAAGUCUGCCCUGGGCAAUGAGAAAGGGUGUGAAGUUUUUCAGGCCCUCUGGCCAGAUUAUCUUAAAGAUGUCCUCUGGCGAUUUUCUAACUUUUACUGUUGAAAAGUGAUAUCCCAAGUAUAUAUAUACAGUAAAGUACACACAAUAAAGGGUAAAAAUAGAGGAACAAAAGAGGAAAGCCCCCCCCCUACUUAUGCUACGUUAUGACUUACCUGGACCACCUGUUGAGAUGUACCUUUUAAGUAAAUCAGGUGUUAAAUAAGGUGAAAAGGAGACUGGAGUUCAGCUUUAACGUUCAAUUAACUACACUCAAAUCUGGCCACUGAAAAUGGGGGCUUGUAGAUCAUGUUUGUUUUUAAAAAUUAUAUUUUCUAAUUUUGUUUUGUAUAGACCAUUAGAUGUGGUACAACCGCAGUUUGCGUACACGGUUCCGUGCUCUGGAAGAUACCAUGAGGAGUUAUGUAAUGAAUAUGCUGGGUUGGAUUUCAUUCACCUUUUUGAAUAAAGAUGUUACUCACCGUGA